AUGCUCGGUCUCUUUGCCACGGGCUCUCCAAAAAUGAUUUAUUUCUGCCCAUGUGGCUUCGAAAUCCCUGAGAAAACUGUAAAUAUUAGUUCCAAAGGGAAUGUAAAUACGGCAAAGAACUACCAUGACCCGGGAGUAACUAUUGAUGAAAUCUUAUCGUUUGAACUUGAUAACUACUCAACCGUUAGUUAUCAUUAUUCAAUCUCAUGUACAGGCAAUACACAGGACAGCACAAUACAGGUAAUGGAGAUGACCGAUUCUUCUUUUUUUAAAUCAUUUAAUGUGUAUUCAGCUAUAGAGCUAUGA